AUGGAUUUUAACGCUCAUGUCUACGGGUUUGUGGAGAAUACGGAGAUUUACGAUGAGCUGGAGGCGACCUGGGCGAUUGUAAGGGAGAUUUGUGGAGAGAUGAGUGACCCUACACAUCCUCAGGCCGUCCCGGUUGAUGACUGGUUUUACCCCCUGGAGGGGACAACUGCUGAAUACACCCCCCUGGUGGCUACAAGUCUCACCUUGGAGCAGCUGCUGGAGGAUCUACGCGCUGACCUGGUCGCUCCACUGAUUUACCAGCAGCAGAGCUUCCUGCAGCCGAGCCCCAUGCACUGCCAGACACAGUUUGACAAUCAGCCAACAGUGACUCACACUAAACACCUGGAGGUGAAGCUGAGACCUAUUGGAGUAUUUGAUGGAAAGGUGAUUUACGGGGCUCCAGGAGACAGAGUUCCUCCUCCAGUGAACGUCUGCAUUCCACAAAAGAGAAAGCGUGUGAUCGAGGAGGAUGACGACACGCAGUACGUCAAGAAGCCGCCCAACGCCUUCAUGCUGUACAGGAAGGAGCAGAGGCCGAAAGUUUUGGCCGAACUCAUAAACUCUGACUGUGCGGCCGUCAACACCUUCAUUGGACAGAUGUGGAAGGCGCUCUCUAAAAAGGAGCAGGAGAAAUAUUAUGAAGAAUAUAGGAGGCUGAAGCGGAUCCACAACCAGCUGUACCCUGACUGGUCAGCAAGGGACAAUUAUGGAAAAAAGAGGAAGAGGAGCCCGAGGAAAGCUUCAGCUAAGACUGUCAAUGGGGUCUCUCCAGGAAGUGGCCGUCCUCCCCGCUUUGCUCCUUCAUGGAGAAAUCCACGGAACAUGUCAUAAGGAGCAGUUUGAGCCUCCUCCCCUCACAGCACAUCUGCAGCUGUGCUCCUCUCCACUGACUCUUCUUUUUAGCAUUUUUACCUUGAAUGACCUUCAAUGAA